AUGAAGACUGCAAUUCCUCCAGUGACGUAUGUAGAAUGGAAAGAGUGGGGUGAUAUUUUAGGAUCAACAACUGUUACUGAACCACAAAAUCAAUCGAGUGGAGAUAGUGGCCCUAUAUCAAUUGUACCUAAACCACAAAAUCAAUCGAGUGGAGAUAGUGGCCCUAUAUCACGUGUGAAUAGACCACAAAAUCAAUCGAGUGGAGAUAGUGGCCCUAAAACAACUGUACCUAAACAACAUCAAUUUAUUGGGGGUGUUGGAUUUAAACGUACACCACAUCAAUUUAUUGGGGGUAUUGAACCUACAACAACUGUACCUACACCACAUCAAUUUAUUGGAGGUAGAGAACCUACAACAACUGUACCUACACCACCUCUAUUUAUUGGGGGUAGAGAACCUACAGCAACUGUACCUACACCACAUCUAUUUAUUGGGAGUAUAGAACCUACAACAACCUUACCUACACCACCUCUAUUUAUUGGGGGUAGAGAACCCACAACAACUGUACCUACACCACAUCUAUUUAUUGGGGGUAGAGAACCUACAACAACUGUACCUACACCACCUCUAUUUAUUGGGGGUAGAGAACCCACACCAACUGUACCUACACCACAUCUAUUUAUUGGGAGUAGAGAACCUACAACAACUGUACCUACACCACAUCAAUCGAGUGGGGGUAGGGAUAGUGGACCUAUAACAACUAAACCUACACCACAUCAAUUUAUUGGGGAUAGUGGACCUAUAACAACUAAACCUACACCACAUCAAUUUAUUGGGGAUAGUGGACCUAUAACAACUAAACCUACACCACAUCAAUUUAUUGGGGAUAGUGGACCUAUAACAACUAAACCUACACCACAUCAAUUUAUUGGGGGUAGUGGACCUAUAACAACUAAACCUACACCACAUCAAUUUAUUGGGGAUAGUGGACCUAUAACAACUAAACCUACACCACAUCAAUUUAUUGGGGAUAGUGGACCUAUAACAACUAAACCUACACCACAUCAAUUUAUUGGGGAUAGUGGACCUAUAACAACUAAACCUACACCACAUCAAUUUAUUGGGGAUAGUGGACCUAUAACAACUGUACCUACACCACAUCAAUUUAUUGAAGGUAGUGGACAUAUAACAACUGUACCUACACCACAUUAA